GGGUACUAGUACGCAGCUAGUUGAACGGUUUAAUAUUAACCAGACCGUCUUCAUGGGGCAGCUCCCUUGUUUAAGGUAGCUAGUAGCUUCAUUACUUCUUGUACACACUCGUUACUGAAAGAGCUCAAUUCAUCGAGCGAUCGACCAUCCGACCUGCACGCCGGCCGCACUGGAGAUUGAGUGUGUGAGACCAGUUCAUGCAUGGAAGAUCCAGGACAGGUAAGUUACCGGGUGGUGCAGUUGAUGAGUUUCUGGGAGAUCCCGGGAGCUGUCCUUUUGAGCUUCACCGCGCAUAUUCUCAUCAUGCUUCUUGCCAGCAUCCGCCGGCGUACAGCCUCUGGUUUCUGGAUGCUGAUCCUUUGGGGGGCGUACCAGCUGGCCAACUGGGUCGCGCCGUAUGCCCUCAACAACAUCUCCCCCUGUGGCAAAACUAUGUCGCGGCGGCAGCAUCUACUUGCGUUCUGGGCGACGUUUCUAGUGCACAAUCUUGGUGGCCCAGACAACAUGAGUGGCUUCUCCCUGGAGGACAAUGCACUCUACUGGCGUGAAGCCCUACUCGCGCUCUCGCGGGUUGUGGGAGCGAGCUAUGUCCUAUACAAGCACUCGUACCCCGGUAGCGGUGCUGGAGCCUUGAUUCCGGCGUCCAUCAUCGUUUUGGUUGUCGGCGCUGCCAAGUAUGCAGAGAGGGUGUGCGCCCUACGUCAAGGUCACUUGGGCAACAUCAGGCCCUCAAGCAAGAACAAACCAAGUGAAUUGUUCACUGCUUGUGCUUCUCCUGGCUUGGAUUCAGGCUCACUGAUCACAAAGGGAAUGGAUGAUCAGCUUGACGACGAGGAAGCCCUGAUGGUCGCACACGUCAUGCUCCCAUUCUGCAAGCGAGCCAUGGCUGAUUCUUCGGUGAACGCGGAGUCAACUGACAAUGAUUAUGAGCUUGAUACAAGCAGGAAAAUAUUCAGUUUGAGUUGGGAGAAUAUGUGCAAGGUGGUGGAGAUGGAGCUGUCACUCAUGUACGACAUCCUCUACACCAAGGCGGCCGUCAUCCACGGCUCAUAUGGAGUUGGAUACAUCAUCCGUUUCGCCUCGCCGUUUGCCAUUGGCGCUGCAACUGUGCUGUUUGGGUUCUACUACAACAAAGAAGGCCAGACCACAGCAGAUGUGAUUAUCACCUAUAUCUUGCUGUUGGCUACCCUCCUUCUUGAUACCAGAUGGCUGCUGAGGGCACUUGGGUCGACAUGGACGCAUGCUUUCCUGCAGGUCAGCAGGCCAUGUCGAUGGCUUGGACAUGCCGUUUUGUGCUCUGGGAAAUGGCUCCAGCUCCGUCAUUUCGUUGUUUCUCUGGAUCUUUGGAGGCAGCUGCUGCGCCUCACUGGUUGUCCAAGGAGUCCGAGCAACUACAGAAGGUGGUCCGGCACCGUUGGGCAGUACGGCUUGCUGCAAGAGUGCACUCGGAAGAUCGGUAGAUGGGGCAAGGUGGCGCAGGUGGUUGGAUUGGAAGAGUUUUGGAAAAAAUACCAGCGCUCAAAAGGACACAAGCUUUCACAAGAUGUCAAACAAUUGGUGUUUGAAAGGGUAACGGAAGUACUCAAGUCAUCAUACGAGAACGAGAAGGACGACGGCUACUCCAUCACAAUGAAGGACAUCAUGAUGUCCUGGGGCCAGGAGACAGUCAAUAGAUAUAAGACGUUAUGGGCUGAUGUGAUAGCGAAAAAGUAUAAGAAGAAAAUUACCACCAAUGAUCAGGAGGAGAAAUUCCUUCUGGCCUUUGGCCGUGAGUUCCAGGAGGACAUCCUUGCGUGGCACAUUGCCACAAAAAUUUUCAUCAUCCGUGGGGAGAAGCAAGGGACGCUUGCCGACGCGAUCAGUGCGCUUUCCGAGCAUCUCAUGUUCCUCAUGGCCAUGCACCCAGACAUGCUACCUGGCCUUGCGCUUCACAACCUGUACGAAGCAACCCUCAAAUCCUUGCGCGAGGUAGUGGACGAGGAAGACAUCAGUUCUAGUGGGAAAACUGGAGAGGAGAAGCUUGCAAGGAUCCUGGUCAACAAGGAGAACAAUGACAGUGAGUGGGGUUUCGCAAAAAAAAGAAAACUUCUGGUCGAUGCGGCUGUUAUUGCUGUGGAGCUCCUCAAGGCUGAUGAUUUGAAGAUGCCAGAACUGCUGGAGCUCGUCUUCAACAUUUGGGUUGAUAAGCUAUUGUAUGCAGGCACCCGAUGCAGCAGGGAAUCCCAUGCCAGGCAGCUCGGCCAUGGCGGUGACCUCACGACAAUCAUAUGGAUUAUGGCAGAGCAUGCUGGGCCGUUCCGGAUCGGCGAAGAACGUCCAUAUGACGACGGUGAUAAGAGUCCAGGUGAUAAAAGGCCACAAGAAGAAAAGAAGAAAGAGGACGUGAAACUGAAACCGAAAGAUGCGCCGGAAGCAGAGUGGUGGGGACUUUAUCCACCUCCGCUCUACCCAACGCCAGGGGAUGAGCAUGUGUCCAAUGUACUAUCAUGGAUUGAUCAGCCGAUGCCCGACAGACCACCAGCAGCCACACCAACUCCGUCCAAACCACCAAAAGCCCGCCGUAGAAGGUAUGCUACGCUGUAUCCAGUGUAGGGACGCCCAUCAGUCUCUCACAGGAAAGCAGUGUAUCUCCUACCGUAAUUUGCUAAAUUAUCCAUUGCUAUCUCUUCACCUCUAGUCAUUGUUAUUUUUUAUUACCAUCGAGGCACCCAUGCCAAUUAUCUGGCUUAUUGAGAGUGGAUUUUUAGCUCCCGGGUGCCUAGGCAUCCUCUAUAAACAGUAAAAUCGGAAAAAUAGAAAUCAAAAUCAAAAAAUUCUGAAACUUUGUAGCGUCAAUGAUGAUGAAACUUUGUAGGUGUUUUCGAAUUUUCAUGCCAAAAAACUAUUCGUGGAGCUCUA